GUUCAGCCUUUGGUUUAAUGGUUCAGGGUAACAGUGUGUGUUAAAACUGUGCAGAGGGAGGGUCAUUAUUGUUGUACUGGUCUGUGGCACUGGGAAAAAAUGAUUAAGAGGAAAUUGAUUGCCGGGUUUGCCUUUGAUCUGUGAGUCAAUAACACACAUCCAUCCUAUAAUAAAACACUAUAUGCUCUUCACAUGCAGUUUGGUUGUAUAUAGUAUAUUUUAAAUAGCAGCUUCUUUAAAAGUAUAGCCCGCACUGAUCAUGAAAGUAUUCAAAUCAAACUAUCAAAAUCAAAUCCGCAUAGACGAAAUCACAGGAUACAAGUAAAAUACCAUAACACAUUAUAAGGCUACUUUCAUUUUUUGGACAGCUCGGCGGGUAUUGCGCUUAUUAAUAAAGUAGGAAUAAGUGUGGUACUUAUUUAACAAGAACAUGGCGGUUUGUUUCCAGAAAAUGAGAGAGGGGGGACGAGUAACAGCGUCAAUAAAUCAUUCCAGUCCAACGCCGGUCCCGGGAGAUUUUUUUUGAUGGAUUAAAUUAAGCACUUCCAUUUCCAUCUCCCACCUGAUCGCAGCCCUAUAAAUCCCCCCAACAGCUGAUCAACAGGACUUCAGACAUCCAGGACGUUCGAGUGGCGAGGCAGCGGCACAGGGAGGGAGGAGACGGUCCGCGAUUCCACCGAAGCGUCAAUUCUUCCUUCCUCGCUCGCUUGAUUUUUUUUUUUUUCCGGGAAUAAUAUUAAUAAUAACAUUAAUAGCAAUUCUCAAGGACGUGCAAUAAAUUUAGCCACCACGCGCUGAAUCGAACCUAAAAACCCAGAAUUAUUAGACGAUUUCCAAAUUCGAGGCAGAAAUAACAUUUCUUCUUCUUUUUUUUUUUCUUCUUAUUCUUCUUCUACCCCGUUUCUGUUCUGUUGUGCGACACAGUAGCGUCAGGGACGGCGGCACGAGGAGGCACGAGCGGACGCCUCGCUGCGGGAGGGAGGUGGUGGAGAGCGCGCGAGUCCACGGCCCGUGCUGCUGCCGCCGCUGCUGCAGGCGUGCGUGCGUGUGCGUGUGUGCGCGCGCGCCGCGGGAGCGGGGAGCUGUCCAGUGCUGAAGUUGCAUUUCCGUCCAGAGGAACGGCGGUUCUUCCUUGCUCAACAUCACCAUCAUCAUCAUCAUCAUCAUCGGCAGCAGCAGCAGCAGCAGCAGCAGCAGCAGGGAGGCAAAGAGGGAAGGGUUUUUUUUGCGUUUUUUUUUUUUUUUUUUUAGCCCCGUGUCGGGUAUUUGAACCGCGGCAGAGCUACACACACAGGGAGGUCAUUUCCGUGGUGAAACAGUGUGCAUCAGUGUGUGUUGUAUGAGGAGAGGAAGACUUCGUGCCGGACGAGUGUUUCGUGCAGCGUCAGAAACAUGCCAAGGUCUUUCCUGGUGAAAAAGGUGAAGCUCGAUGAUUUCUCAUCUGCUGAUCUCGAAAGCUCGUACGGCAGAUCCAGGACCGACCUCAAUCUCCGCUUCCACGACAAAGGGUACAUCAGCGACUACAUCAGCCCGUCCGUGUACGAUGGGGAGAGCGACAAUGCCAUCAAAGUGCCCUCCCCCGAGCCCAUCUACGGGGGCAUGCACGGUGACUAUGGGACUCCCGACUCGGACCAGCCGGACAGCCCGCAGUCGGAGAUCUCCUCCGGUUACAUAAACGGGGACAACGCGGUGAGCGAGGGCUACGCGGUGGACGCCUUCUUCAUCACGGACGGCAGGUCCAGGAGGAAAGUGCUGAGCAACGCGCGGAACGCGCAGCGCCACACGUGUAACGAGUGCGGCAAGACGUACGCCACGUCCUCGAACCUGAGCCGGCACAAGCAGACGCACCGCAGCAUCGACAGCAAGAUGGCCAAGAAGUGCCCCACCUGCGGCAAGGUGUACGUGUCCAUGCCCGCCAUGGCCAUGCACCUGCUCACGCACGACCUCAAGCACAAGUGCGACGUGUGCGGCAAGGCGUUCAGCAGACCGUGGCUGCUGCAGGGACACAUGCGCUCGCACACGGGCGAGAAGCCGUUCGGGUGCGCGCACUGCGGGAAGGCGUUCGCGGACCGCUCCAACCUGCGCGCGCACAUGCAGACGCACUCGGCCUUCAAGCACUACAAGUGCAAGCGCUGCAACAAGACGUUCGCGCUCAAGUCGUACCUGAACAAGCACUACGAGUCGGCGUGCUUCAAGGGCGCCUUCUCGCCCCUGAGUCCGCUUGACGCAUGACUUCCACACGGCAGAAACACAAACACCUUCUCUGAUUCUCCUCCUCCUUUUUCCUCCACCUUGAGAACUGACUAUAGCACAUUUUUUCUUCUUCGGCAGAGGAAAAUACGGAUUUUUUUUUCGCAUGCACUUAGCAUACUUUUGCUUUCUCUUUCUGCAGUCGCGUCCCGCGGUUGACACAAAUUAGGGGCGAGAUAUGAAUAAUAGGAAUAUGAACUUUUGCUGAAACUCAGUGAAGACAUUUCAAAAAAUGUCUGUUGUCGUCUUACAAAAGGUCAAACCUCCUUUUUUUUUUAAUAUAUGGGAUCUUGUUUUACUGCGGCCAGUGACCACAAAGUGUUCAGCAUUGAGGUAAAACUAUUUAUUCAUUCACUUAUUUAUGUCUU